CGUCACAUCUUCUACUUCCGGGGUGACACAUUUGCUUGGCGUGCUAGCAGGGCUGCGGCGAGGCUUCUCAGCAGAUGCCAUGUUUAAGCAGUGAGCAUGGCGGACAGUCAUAUGGAAUACGCCUUUAUGCAGGGCCAGUCCAUUGGAGAGCAUCUCGCCGAGGACCCGGAGCUGGCAGCCAUCAAAGCCAGAGUUCAAGAGUUGGAGAUGGAAGAAGAAACUGAAAGACUGAAAGAGGAGGAGGAAGAGGAGGACCGGUGUGAUGCUGAAGAGAUGCAGCUCCUGACCAGCAGCCCCCGGCCUGGGCCGUUCUACAACAUGACACCCGAGGAGAGGAUAGAUGCAGACAACAGAUCUGUCUAUGUAGGAAAUGUGGACUAUGGAGCCACUGCAGAUGAGCUGGAGAUCCAUUUUCAUGGCUGUGGACCCGUCAACCGUGUCACCAUCCUCUGCGACAGGUUUUCCGGUCACCCUAAAGGCUUUGCUUACAUUGAGUUCUCACAUCGUGACUCCGUGCAGAGUGCCAUUGCCCUUCAUGAGACCUGGUUUAGAGGAAGAGUCCUCAAGGUGUUGCCCAAAAGGACCAACAUGCCGGGCAUUAGCACCACAGACCGGGGAGGGCACAGAGGUGGCCACUCAAGAGGCAGAGGCCGGGGCUUCCAACCCCCCAGAGGGCAGCACGGCUCCCGAGGCAGGUUCCGCUACCAAUCCUCGAGACCACAACACCAAAACCCCCACCCUUACUACGGAGGCCCUCCAGUGGGCAAGAGACAGUGGGGCCACAUGGAUUACCAUGAACAGUCCAAACGCUACCCUUGUCUUCUCCUCAUCACCCCACCUUCAGAGGAGCUUGGGGCAGGAACAAGUGGACAGCACUACGCCCAGCAGCGCUAAUGAGCCCCUCCCCCUGCUGCUUGUUUACCCAGUGGGUGAAUGAACUGAUUUUAAAGAGCAAAUGUUUCCGAGCAUUACUCGUGUGAUUGGUUUGUCUGCAUCAGUCCUCCAGAUAGAUGAUUUUAAGCUUGUGUUGUGUAAAUGCAUGACAGGGAAACAUUCUUGUAGUUAUGCAGCUGUAGCCUGUAUCAUUUUAACAAACUGAUAAAAAUGUUUUUUCUGCUUGCUAUGUAUAAAUCCUCUCCCUGUUUAACUUAUACAUCAUUUGCUUUAUGUGAACAAAUAAAAAUAUUGAUCCGA